AGUUCUGUCCAGUAGCGGGGCGACGGGUGUGUCAACUCAGAAGUAGGUAUAUAGGUGGUCUAGGCCCGGACAGACAGACAAGCUCUCAGGCCAGCGAAGGAUCACAAUGUGGAGCAUGUGGAGGGAGGUACUCCUCGUGGUUGCAGGCCUCGGCCUCUGUCAGGCAUCGCUGCCUCUGCCCGCCUACGUUAAGCCAUGCGCACGAUCUGACCCGGAUUUCAACGCAUGCGCCCUAAAGAGAGCCAGAGAAAUCAUCCAGCAAGUAAUAAGAGGCGACAGGAAGUACAAGGUGCCAGUGCUGGACCCCCUGGAGAUUCAGGAACUGAAGAUAGCGGAAGGAGGCCCGAGACAAGUCGGCCUGACCCUCAUAAUGAGGAACGCAAAAGUGUUCGGCAUGAAGGACAGCGACCUAAAGGUAACGAGGUUCGACUUCGGCAAGAAGCACGUUCACUACGAGAUGGCGCUGAGGCGGGCGGAAAUCAUAGGGAAAUACAGCGUCUCGGGGAGGAUCCUGCUUUUGCCCAUACUCGGCAACGGUGACCUCAACAUCACGCUAGAAAACGUCACGGUGACAUAUGACCACGACUUCACCCUGGAGCCCAUGAAUGGUGACGUUUACUUGGUGAUACAGAACCCCAGGACAACAGUGACUCCGGCCCGAGCAUACAUCCAACUCACGAACCUGUUCAACGGGGACCCCGUGCUCGGGAGGCAGAUGAACAUAUUCCUGGAUGAGAACUGGAAGGACGUGUACAGGGAACUGUCCCCAGCUGUGAUCACAGCCUUCUCAGAAAUCAUCAGCGCAAUCAUCACAGGUAUUGCUGGAUCAGUGCCCUUCGACGUGGCAUUCCCGGAAACGUUGCCACCCAGUGCUUAGGUUCGGAGCCUUGACACGACUCGCAUAAGCUAAUGAGAAACAGUCAUCAAAAUCACCCCGGCUCCGGGCGUCCAUACCGGCUCAGUGCUAAUGUUGAGUUUGCUCGUGGGCUGUGUCGCUGCCUCCAUCUUCAGGGUGAGCAAGCUGAACAGGUGUUCACAUAUAUAGGAGUUGUGGUCGUCGAACAGACAUGUGGAGGACAGGUGGGGCAAAUGGGACAUUAUCGAAAGCCCCCUAAGCGCACUUGCUUGCAAUGUCGCUUAGCCACAUGGAGGGUUGGUCAAGGGUAGGACACGAUGGAAAUGGGAAGGAGGGGAAGCAACUCCAUGCCCAGAAAUGUGUUCAUUUUGUUAGUUCAUGAUUAUAUAAGAACCACUUGAAGAGAAUGAAAAUGGAGGUACUGAGGAAGACUAUGAGAAAUAAUCAGUAUGCCAUUACACGCGCCCGGAGCCUAGAACACAUAUGGAACACAGUGCUGCUCGCCUCACAGAGUCAUCUUGUCUAAAAUAAGGUUUCUAUCAAAUGCUUCAGAAAAUAUGAUCUUGGUAAACUUUG